AUGGUAAUUACUGAGAAGGAAAUAAGACUUUGGCACAAAGGCUUUUUGAAGGAUUGUCCUAACGGCCUCCUGACCGAGCAGGGAUUCAUAAAGAUCUACAAACAAUUCUUCCCUCAAGGUGACCCGAGCAAAUUCGCCUCCUUAGUCUUUCGGGUCUUCGACGAAAACAACGAUGGCUCGAUCGAGUUUGAGGAGUUUAUACGGGCCUUAUCGGUGACGUCAAGAGGAAAUCUUGAUGAAAAGUUACAUUGGGCAUUCCGUCUUUAUGACGUGGAUAAUGACGGCUAUAUAACGAGAGACGAGAUGUACAACAUCGUUGAUGCGAUCUACCAGAUGGUGGGUCAGACUCCCCAGCCGGAGGAUGAGAACACUCCACAGAAGCGCGUGGACAAGAUCUUCGAUCAGAUGGACAAGAACCACGACGAUCGUCUCACAUUGGAAGAAUUCCGUGAAGGCAGCAAGGCCGACCCACGCAUUGUACAGGCUCUGUCACUAGGAGGUGAUUAA